AUGAAAUUACAGACAAAUCAAGAUGACUGCCAACUUGCCUUUCAGAUCGUGACUGUCUUCUCGUGCGGGCUGAGUGACAACGAGGCGGACAACGUCGUGAACGUCAAUUUCGCCUCACCUACAGCAGCAGCAGGAACCCUUCACAUCGUGCCACAUGAGAGUCGAGUCAGGCAGCUGAAUACCCGAGGACAAAUGGCCACGAGCAAAGCAAACUCGGCCAUUGAAGCGCAGAGUUUUUGCGCAAUCGCGAAUAAUCAUCGGAUAGCACCGCCACCUCAUCUUGCCACCGCCCGCCUCGUUCCCCGAGUGCUUUACGUUCGCAAUCUCAUGAUCAGAAGCAACGGUAACACGACCAGCAUCGCCCACUUUGCCGUCGGCAGAGCGCAUGAAGUGAUCCCGUAUCACCCAACAUCUCGCCGAAAAGUCCAAAAGUCACAUGGACUGGAUUCAGCCUUCUUUAUGAUCUUGUAUCGCUCCGGGGAAGAAGAGAUGUGGCUCCCGAAUGUAAUUCCGCCAGCCUCACGCGAUCCGGUGCAAUCCUCGGACGUUUCCUUCCUUGUAGAAAGACUUUUCUACUCUGUCACCAUCAUCACCACGAAUACAUCGUGGCGAAGCCCCAAGUCUGGUGUUUGCCCUCUCACCUUCGACGUUCGACUGCUCAUCACAAUCUCUCAUUUGAGUCACCAUGGGUAUGAUGAGGAUGUAAGGGAGAAACUGGAGGGGAUACUGGCAAAAGGUCCAAAUACACAGAGAAUGGAACCCCAUGACCAAAAACUCGGUAACAUCAACCCGUCGGCUUCCCUUCCGGCCAUUCCUAUUCUUCGACUUUCUCUUCCUCCUGUGCUAUCUUGUGCUUCUUCCUUGUUCUUCAAGACAAUCAAAAAAGGUAAAGACGGGUAUCCGCACAACCCGGCUUUUUUUUUUCGUCCCCGGCUGCCGCCCUCAAGAUCCGCGGAGUGA